GAAGCGCUAAGGUGUACGCGUGUCGAACUUCAUCGGUCGCCGCUGCUGUCGUUGUCGUUGUUAUUAUUUCAUAGUAUACCUUCUGAGAAAAUUGUUUUAUUAUACAAAGGGUAAUCAUUGAACUUGCUUGAAGCAAGUAAUCAACGCCAGAUGUGUUAGGGAAUUUCUGUUUGAGUUAAGCUGCAAAAACGCUGUUUAAUUAAAACAGAGGUCAAGGCAAGUGAAGUUGGUUGUAAUAAGUAAUUAGUUGGAAGCAAGUAACGUUGACACUACCCACAAAUAUAACCUUAGUAUACUUUGAAAUGAAUUUAUGGUGAUUUACGAAUAAUUGUGACAAGCUGUAUAAAAGUUGCAGACUGAGUUGAAGGUGAAUACCCUGCUGAAUGUAGCCGCUAAGACGAGGAUUUCAGUUCUAUUUCCUGCUAUCUACAGUAGAUAUUAGGUUUAAGUGAAACUUCACAUACUAUCAAACGACAAAAUGCAUGGCCGAAGUAACCGAUUAUGUGCUAAACUAUCCAGUGCAUUCCUGAGGAAGUGGUGGUUUGUGAUAGCAUUCGCCUUGAGCUUAUUGGUACUCGGAAUUCUAGUCACAUUUGGAUUUAGCACACUAGUUAGAGCAAUAAUUAAUCAUCAAGUAGCACUUAGGAAGGGAACACAAUCAUUUGGAUGGUGGUCGAAGCCGCCGGUGGAACCAAUUAUACGAAUAUUCGUCUACAACGUCACCAAUGCUGACGAAUUCCUGAAUAACGGGACGAAACCAGUUUUGGACGAGCUUGGUCCUUAUGUUUACGUAGAAACUUGGGAAAAAGUCAACAUUGAUGAAAAUCCUAACGGAACUAUCAGCUAUAACCAGAAACGAGUGUAUAUUUUCGAUGAAAAUCAAUCUGGAGGCUCCGAAGACGAUGUGGUGAUAGUACCGAAUAUUCCUAUGCUUAGUGCUACAUCACAAAGUAAACAUGCAGCUAGGUUUCUGCGACUUGCAAUGGCAAGUAUAAUGGAUAUUUUAAAAAUCAAACCAUUCGUUGAGGUUUCUGUUGGUCAGCUACUAUGGGGUUAUGAAGAUCCUCUGUUAAAACUAGCAAAGGAUGUAGUACCCAAAGAACAAAAAUUACCGUAUGAAGAAUUUGGUCUAAUGUAUGGAAAGAAUAGUACAUCAAAGGAUAGAGUAACUAUUUGGUCUGGCGUUGACGACAUUACUCAGUUCGGUAUAAUUGACAAGUACAACGGACGAUCUCACCAGGCUCAUUGGGUAACUGAACAAUGUAACCGCCUGAAUGGAACCGAUGGAUCCAUCUUUCCACCUCACAUCUCUAAGAACACUACACUAUUCGUGUACGAAAAGGAUCUCUGUCGUCUAUUACCACUAUCUUUCGAGAAGGAAGUAAUCGUAAAACAUGGCGUACAAGGAUAUCGAUUCACCCCACCUACUAAUGUAUUCGCCUCUGUAGAAACCAACAAAGACAAUAUGUGCUUCUGUCCAGCAGGGCCACCGUGUGCACCCAAUGGACUGUUUAAUGUCUCUCUGUGUCAAUAUGACUCGCCCAUAUUACUCAGCUUCCCUCAUUUCUACUUGGCUGAUCAAUCACUGCGAACCGCCGUUGAAGGUAUCUCUCCACCAGAGAAGGAAAAGCAUCAGCUUUUCAUCGAUGUACAACCGGAAAUGGGCACUGCGCUUCGAGCCCGAGCUCGCAUACAGAUCAACCUGGCCGUCAGUCAAGUCGUGGACAUCAAACAGGUGGCCAACUUUCCAGACAUCGUGUUCCCCAUUUUGUGGUUCGAAGAAGGCAUCGAUUCACUUCCUGAUCAGAUACUGGAGUUAAUGAAGGUUGCGACAACUGUUCCACCAAAGGCUAAAUUUAUACUCACAGUUGCACUUUUUGCUCUUGGCGGCUUCCUUUUCGUUAUUGCCGUGAUCUGCCUAGUACGAAAAUCACACCGACAAAGUACGCUUCAUCUCGAAGGUUCCAAUUACUUAGCGACCGCUUCUGUAGAUCAGGCAAAGAAAAAGGCGAAAAUGGAUAACGGUAAUCAUACAAAUUGAACACUCCUUCUGUUAUUCUUGUGAUUGGGGUAUGAUUCUUGGGUGUCCAUCUAGACAGUAUGUAAAAUAUUUAUUUUAAUUAAACAAGACAUGGUCCAUGGGAAUGAAAUGCUUGAUAAGUUUGCUCAAUGUAGACAAUUUAGAAAAUCUGUUCGGUACACAGCUGAAACUCUCCUGAAAGAUGGUUACAACAUAUGUAUGUACAAAAAUGCAAAAUACUGUUAUAAUAUAGUUCGAAAAUGCCAUGCCUUUGUGGCGAAUUGAGUGCGUGAUUAUCAAAACGAAUGAAAAACAUUUUUCAGUGCUACAAUUAAGUCACCGAACCUGCUGGCACUAUAAUAACGUCAGUAAAAUUGCAUCUGAAAUAAAUUUCGAAUCAGAUUUAAGAGUCUUAGAGUAUAAGUUGGUUCCCCUAAGGAAUAUAACGGUUCUGCUAAGAAAAUCUAUUAAAAAUAGAAUUGAAUUAUGGCUUUAAGAAUCAUUUUACUAGAAGUUUUCAAGUAGAUCCACAAAAGCCGCAAACAGCCUUGAUUUUACUAGCAGCCAUUCUCUGUACAUUCAUAUGAUGAUCCAAAUGCAUGUAGAAUAUUAUUCGGAAAUACAAUACUAAAAGUAGUCAAUCAACCUUUUUCUCCCUUAUAAGGUAGGAGAACCACCGCGUGUUUCUUUGUUCUAUUUGAUUUAAUCCGUCCUACAUUCGUGAUGUAUUUUAGGGUUUGUUUCUGAUGAUUUUUUUGCAAUGACAUUAGAAGCACAUCAUUUAUUUAGACUCAAGCUAAAAUAAGGUGAAGUAUAACAUAAUAAAUAAUAUUGAAGUUAACUGGUUAUACUCUAAACAGUUGGUGGCAAGUAGUUAUAUUAUAGAAAAUUACAUCACGUCCAAUAUCUCUUUUAGUCACUCAACCGAGAUUAAAUAAUGAAAAUCCUUUUCUUCUUUGGCGGUAGUCUCAUUUAAACAACUUAAUCUUUAGAUAACAAAUAAAUCGAAACCUAUGCCGAAAAACUCUCAUCUGCUAACAAAUAUUAUUUCGCAAGAUUUGGACUUUACUUUUAUUUUGGAUCGAAUUUUAAAUUCAUUCAGAGGAUAUAUUUGAAAGAAUAUUUUGAACGCUAAGCCUUACGUAAAUGAGAUAUGUGGAAAACUUAUCGCGAUCAUUUUCCAAUUAUUGAUAGUGGUUUGACCCUUUACCAUUCUUGUACCACUUUUAUUAGACAAACUAUAUUACAAUGAAAUGGAUAAAUAAGUAAUCGAUAGUUGGUAUAUACACACUAUUGAACAUAGUGUAUGAACAGCCCCAAUAAUCACGCUGCUACAAAAUAAAAACAAUUUAACGUACUUUUCAAGUGAUCUGUUAAAGGUUGUAGGUCUGGUCAAAUACAACACAAAACCACGUUUGAUCAAUUUAAUAUACCCUCAAAAUCUUGAUUUAUGGCAAAAAACUAUUUUUCUCGGCACUAAAAAGUUUUCUACACGGUUAUUUUUCAACCAAUUUUUAUAGUAUUCUGGAAAGAAAAUGUAAUGACCUUUUCAACGGUAUGCUAUAUUAUGUUCUUUUGUUAAACAUACUAUGGAGUUUUGGGAUAACAAUAUGAAAUUAACCAUUGUUUUGCGGUAUUUCCAUGAAAAAUAUUUUCGUCAACAUUUUUAUUAGGGAGCAUCUUUGUUUUAAUUGCAAUCCAAAAAGAACAUUUCAUUCCGCACCCAACAACCUAUUUAACAUCCAAAUCGGCUGAAAAUGGCACAGUUAUUAUUUUUCCAAAUUAGAAACUUACACGGGAUGGUUCCAUAAUUUUUUUUAAAAAAAAUCGAUAUUUUUUGCUCGUUCACAUAUACUUUCAAAAGUAGAAAGUGUGUGUAAACUACGAGGUUAUAAUUGAGAAAAAAUGGAAAAUAUAGUUCUAGAAUCCUAGAGUUCAUGGAAAAAGUUUGUAAUUUGAAAAAAAAAUAGCUCUGUCAUUUUCAACCGGUUUUGAUGAUAAAUAGGGUAACUGAGUCCUAAUCCAUCUGAGCUCCUGUAUUCAUCCCACCCAUUUGAAUACAUUAGUUAGAGCAGUAUCUGCUAUCUCUAUUCAACGCAUUAGGUCAUAUGGUAGAAUUUUUAAUGUUACUGCUUCUUUGGAACGAAGUGAGAAUGCUGAUACCUAUUUAAGCGCAAUCCAAUCACUAUAAGCCGCGUUACAAUCGAAAUAGUGUGACAUCCUCACUAACGAGAUGAAUAAGGGCCCGUCUACCAUACAAGGUCACUUAAAAACAUAAAAUCACUGUAGCACCGUGUAAUAGUUGAGGCUAAUUUUAUCAACUGAUAAUUGAAAAUGAUUUUUUUUCACAUCAUGGCGACGAAGGUUAGGGACAACAUUUAUAUGACUGGCUUAAGUGUCAUUUUUUUACGAUCCAUAUCUAGUUAACUUCUUUGCGGUCUAUCGGUAUAUAGCAUAUAAAGUACAGGUAAUCGCUAUUAUGGGCUGACAAACCACGAAAUAAAUAUACAGAAGAACAAAACGAACAGCAAUAAAUCUAUUUUGUGAUAAAAA